UUUGUGUUAAUAACUAUCAUUGAUACUGAUGCUUACUCAUAUCUCUUUUCCUCCAGGAGACCUCAGUUCUGCAGCUCCCCUAAGAGAUGCCCCUACUUCGCUGCACUUUGUGGAACAGCAUCGGGAGGACCUGGUGACUCGAGUGACAUCAGUGGACACAGUCCUGGACAAGCUGCAUGGACUGGUGCUGAGCGAGGAGCAGUAUGAGAGGGUGCGGGCUGAGCCCACCAAUACAGACAAGAUGAGGAUGUUGUUCAGCUUCAGCAAGUCCUGGGACUGGGCCUGUAAAGAUCAACUCUGCCGAGCCCUGAAGGAGACCCAUCCUCACCUAAUUGAGGAACUCUUGGAGAAGUGACGCAGUGGCGGUGACUAGCGGGGCUACUGACAAGCUCGGCAGCUGAAGUCUGAACACCUGCUUAUGAGUCCUGGCUCUGACUGUCCAGGCUUUGGGUCUAUGUUUCUUCAAGUCUAAACACAUUGCCAUCCCCAGCCAGAGUGGCUCAGUUGUUUGAGUGUUGUCCUGUGC